AUGCCUGUUGAAGAUAUAUUGGCCUCGUUGGCUGCCGUUGGAACUAAUGAAAAUGAACCUUCGUUAGAAGAUAUCAUGUCUGCUUUAGAAACCGAACAAGAUACAAUGAACGAGGAUGAAGUUGCUGAGAUUAUGGGUAUGAUGGAAGAAGUUUUGGAUGCUCAAAUGCAGAAAACUGAGAUUAUCAAACAAUCCACCGAGCAGAACAAAAAACGUUUAGAAGAAGAGAAAUCUCGCAGGAUUCAGAUGGAAGAGAUAUGUACCCGUUUGACGGCCGUAGCUGAGAAGGCUGAAGGAAUAGUAGCUGAAAAGGCAGAAGAAAUUGGAAAGACUGAGCAUUUGGAAGAUAAACUUGAUCCAUAA